UUUAUGUGUCACAUGCCAGUGUCAAUAAGUUCACUUUUUUUUCCACAAAUUUAAUGGAAAAUGUGUGAUUUAAACGAUAAUCCAAUCAAAUUAAGUGUUAAGUGGAAUGGCAAAGAAUAUGAAAUGCCGGAAUUAUCUCCGUCAGAUUCGGUAGCGAUGUUAAAAAUCGCCAUCGAAAAUGCGACUGGUGUACGACCGGAAAGACAAAAACUUCUUAAUGUUAAGUUUCAGGGUAAGGUAGCGACAGACAAUUGCACAUUGUCGGACUUGAAUCUAAAGCCGAACCUCAAGAUAAUGAUGAUGGGCUCUCUAGAGGAAGCAAUAGAAGGUGCCAGAACUAAACCAGAUAUCGGUGACGAAGUAAUUAAUGACUUAGACAUAGAGGAAGAAAAUGUUGAUAUCGAAAAUCAGGAGGUCUACUUAUCAAAAAUAAACAAGAGAGUGAGAGAUUACAAAAUUAAUUUAUUGAAUGAACCUCGGCCCGGAAAGAAGUUGUUAGUUUUAGAUAUAGACUACACGUUGUUUGACCACAGAUCUGUUGCUGAAACUGGUUAUGAGCUAAUGCGACCAUUUCUACACGAAUUUCUAACAUCAGCAUAUGAAGAUUACGAUAUAGUAAUAUGGUCAGCGACAGGAAUGAAAUGGAUCGAAGAGAAAAUGAAACUGCUCGGUGUAGCGACACACCAAGAUUAUAAAAUAAUGUUCUAUCUAGACUACCUAGCUAUGAUAACUGUACACACAGCUAAAUAUGGAACUAUUGACGUAAAGCCUCUAGGCGUCAUUUGGGGUAAAUACCCGCAAUACAGCUCCAAGAACACGAUUAUGUUCGACGACAUACGAAGAAACUUUAUAAUGAAUCCAAAAAGUGGUCUAAAAAUUCGGCCAUUCAGACAAGCGCACUUGAACAGAGAUAAAGAUAGGGAGCUCGUGCACUUGUCCACUUAUUUAAAAGACAUUGCUCACUACUGUGACGAUUUUGAUACACUUAACCACAAAAAGUGGGAAAAAUAUAAGCCUGAUAAGAAUAGAAUCCAAGCGGGUAGUAAGAGAAAGGCAGAAGACAGUCCUUCCAAACCAAAGGAAUGA